GUACCUGAACGCACCAUGACACUGGCAGCUAGCCUAGCCGAGCUAACUUAGCUAAUCUGAUUUAUCGUCUCGGUUAAGCGCACGAAACGUUCGCCAAGGUUACCUAUUUUAGUAUUAUAUUUAUAAACCCCGGAUCGCAAUAUCCAUCUGAGAUCAAGAGACCUUUAAUUGCGAAUAUGGCGUCACUUGGGGAACCUGUGCGACUGGAAAGAGACAUCAACCGUGCGAUAGAACUGCUCGAUAAGCUGCAGAGGACGGGGGAAGUUCCUCCUCAGAAGCUGCAGGCGCUGCAGAGGGUCUUACAGAGCGAAUUCUGUAAUGCUGUCAGAGAAGUUUAUGAGCAUGUGUAUGAAACAGUGGAUAUCAACAGCAGUCCUGAGGUUAGAGCCAAUGCCACAGCAAAGGCUACGGUGGCAGCUUUUGCAGCCAGUGAGGGACACUCGCACCCUCGUGUGGUGGAGCUUCCCAAAACAGAAGAAGGUCUGGGUUUCAACAUAAUGGGCGGGAAGGAGCAGAACUCACCUAUUUACAUCUCACGGAUCAUCCCGGGCGGCAUCGCUGACCGGCACGGAGGCCUGAAYAGAGGCGACCAGCUUCUCUCUGUUAACGGAGUGAGUGUGGAAGGCGAGCACCACGAGAAAGCCGUGGAACUCCUCAAAGCAGCUCAGGGCACAGUGAAGCUGGUAGUAAGGUACACCCCCAAAGUCCUAGAGGAAAUGGAGUCCCGCUUCGAGAAGAUGAGGUCGGCAAAGCGUCGACAACAGAACAACUAUCCUCAGUAGGGUUUAUUUUUUCCACGUUGAUGCCCAGCUUCUUCAUGUCUCCUCCUUUAGUAUUUUGGUCAUCAGUUCUAGUUUCUUUUUGUUGUUUUUGUACUCCUCCUCCUCCCACACACCAAAAGCAUAUAACGACCAAUUUUAGCUGUAUUUACUAAUAAAAUAUACUGUAUUUUUUGAGUCA